AUCUCAAUAGCAACUUUUGAUCGAUCCCAACGUGUAUCACUCUGUGUUUUCUUUUCCCCUAGCAGGUACAAGUACAACUACCGCGCAUACAAUUUGUCUAUAGAUAUAAAACUGCUUCAACACUGUACCAUGAAGGUUGCCAUCAUCCAAUACUCCACAUACGGCCAUAUCACCACCUUUUCGCAAUCAAUUGCUGAAGGUGUCAAGAAGUCUGGACUUGCCUCCACCGUGGACAUUUUCCAAGUGCCCGAAACUUUGAGUGAAGAUGUAUUAAAAUUAAUCCAUGCUCCAGGUCCAUCCAAGGAGAUUCCUCUUGCCACCACACAAACUUUGGAAGAAUAUGAUGCCUUUUUGUUUGGUUUACCCACCAGAUUCGGUACUCUCCCAGCACAAUGGUCGACCUUUUGGGAUACCACUGGAUCUCUUUGGGCCUCUGGUGCUCUUUACCACAAGCCAGUUGGUCUUUAUGUUUCCACUGGAAGUCCUCAAGGUGGUCAAGAAGAAACUGUUAGAAACUUUUUCUCAUAUGUCGCUCACCAUGGAUUGGUUUACAUUCCUCUUGGUUACGGUCCAGCCUUCCCAUUGUUGACCUCAUUUGAUGAGAUUCACGGUGGUUCUCCAUAUGGUGCUGGUACCUAUGCUGGUACUGAUGGGUCCAAGCAACCAUCUGAAUUGGAAAAGAAAAUUGCCGUCAUUCAAGGUGAAGAAUUUUCCAAGAGUGCCAGCAAGAUUGUUGCUGCUACUGGUACUUCUUCUUCUUCUUCUACUACAGGUACUGCCACCCCAGCUGCUGCUGCUGCUGCUGCUACUGCUGCUCCUGCUGCUACUUCCACUGAGGAAACUACUGCUGUUGGCUCCACUACUGAAAAGGAAGCUGUUGCCGAAAAGAAGGCUCCAGCUACUAAAAGAGCUGCUCAAUCCACUCCAGCUCCAAAGGAAGAAAAGACUUCUACUUGCGCCAAGUGUGUCAUUGUAUAG